AUAUUGAUUGAUAUUUGACGUGCAGCUUUAAAAAUGCGAUGAAAUCUUGCGGACAGGGGUGUGUGACUUGUAAUCGCGAACGUCCGUCUUAAGUGUAUAUGCCUAAGCCUUAUUAUGUUAAAAGGAAGUUAAACACGGCAGCCACAAAACCAUAAAUAGUAAAUACACAGGUGAAUGGACUACAUGUGCGUACGAUCAUUAUGCGCUAAAUUCUACGUAUAAUGAAAAUGUGAACUGAGGCCGGUCAGAUAGAAGCAGAUAGAAGCAGAUGUUCGAGGGCAGAAGAAACGUGGUACAACCGGACCCUGUGAAUGAAAGCCGACACCGCUGACCCCCUAUAGCUACACUUUGCAAGCUUGUGGCGUGUACUCCACAGCAGUCGCAGUCUGUACUAUAGAGAAAUGAUCGAUAAUUCUGACUUUCUCCUCGCAUUGGCGUAAGAAUCCAUUUGGAAUGUUGUUCGGCAGAUUUGGAAUAAGAAUGACAUGGAAACAAGUGGUGACGCCAUGGUUCGUGGGGAUAUUAUUCCUAGUGUGUGUACCUUAUUUACACAUCGGAAUUUUUCACUUGAAGCUCUGGGUACCCGAUAAAGGACCAGUAGAUAGAGAAAACUGUAGAUGCACGUGCUGGGAUACUGUUUUCAAAGGUACUUACCAGAAUCAGGAUGUAAUAAAAUACAAACAUAUCUACUUUAACGCCACGUCACAAACUUUCAUCAUCUGGGUCAUCACCGUUUGUCACAUGAUCGCCGCUUACGAAGCUCUGAAAUUUUUAUGGGUGACCUUGACCUCCAGGGAAAGUCGACUCUCCAUGAUGUGUUUGUUUCUUAUGGAUGUGUACCCGAUUUAUUAUUCUUGGUGGAAUUACCUAAAUUAUUUAAAUGACGAUUUUUAUGAUCAAUUUAUACACCAGUUUUUCUUUACCGUGACUGAGUUUGUAUCAACAUGCCUCAUAUUGCAGCUUUGUUCAAGGACACACCAAAUUCAUAAACUGAAAAUCUUAACGAUUAUCUCGAUUAGUUCCGUUCAUUUGCUCAUAGGGGGCGUUGAUCAGUUUUUCGUACAGAUGUUUUUAGGCGAAGGAAGGAUGCAUCAGAAAUUACGAAACUUCGGCUUUAUGUUACCAGACUUUUUACAUAUCUUUUUACCUUUGUACGUUUACAACAGAUCUCGAUUCGAUAUCAACAGUGAUAAUUAUAAGCAACCGUUUUUUACUAAAGCGGAUGCCGUUUAUUCACUGAUUGCCAUAUGUGGUGGAUUUGUCUUGGGAAAAGUAAUCCUUUCCUGACAUGUGAGAGAGAGAAAUCAAACUAUUAAUUUUAUUGUAUGUGACUGCAUAAAUGAUACAUAAAAAGGGACAGAUUUCGUACCCACUGUUAAUAUAUUCCGGUGAUUUUCAUAUUUAUUAAGUGAUGUAUGAUAUGGAUUUGGGCUGGGAAUUGGAGACAAGUCUCUGUACAUGUGUAUUUCAAAAUAGCAUCACUAUAUAUAUAUGCAUUCCGUUAUUAAUAGACAUGGCGAAGGAUAUUACUUAAUUGGAAAUUGUGAUUAUGCCAUAUAUCCACUUGCCAAUAAGUCGUACUAUCUCACACAGAACUGCAUGGUCUGUUCUACCAUGCAAUGCGUCUAUGCAAUAUGUAUCGCAUGAUAUACACGUGCAAUACACUAGAUAUCAGAGCCGAAAUUUCAUUUCCUUACACGGAAUAAAUUGUUUAUUAGCCUUAACUUGUCACGAAUAUUUAUGUUGAUGAAUAGAAUAUUACAAUCCUGGUUUUAACGGGAAGAGUAUAUAUAUAUUAUAAUAAAAAUGACCACGGCUGUUGACGGGCCGUGAAACAUAAUCAAUCCAUCAAUCAAUCAACAGCUGGUGCUGAGUGACGCAUCGUGGGUCACAUGAUCGAUCUACAACACCAAUCGUAACAUCUCGGGGAAAUUUCCGGCAACACUCGGAAAUCAACUCAAGUGUUGCCGGAAAGUCCCCCGAGAUGCAACAGCCAUAUGAUCCGGAGGAACUUGAUCAUGUGACCACAGUGCAGUCCCGGAUCGGUGACGAUAGAACGAACAUUUCUGGUUCUUGUUAAAUACAAUAUGUUAUUUGGUGCAUGCAUGUCUUACGACAAUCUGAUCAAAAUACAGAUCAACAUUCUCUGCAUCGUCGCUACCCAGGGAUCUGUCUUCCUAUAGCUCCGAUCGAUCAAACGAUUGGAACGUGGAGCGCCGACGAUGUGUUCACUACCGUAACGCUAAACAGGUAGUGCGCAAUAGGGAUCUGUCUGUAUUAUAAUGGGAUUCGUCAACUGUUAAAGGGGCAUUCCUUCGUUCGAAUAUCAGAAACAUGCACAAUUUCUAUUGAUAAAAUCUAUGUUCAAACGAUGAUUAUAUGAGUGUUUGUGCCUACAAGUAAUGAAAUAAACACCGAAAUGUACAGGGAAAAGGCGUAUCGUAUACAAAUACCGUAUGUCUUUGCGGUAAUUAGUGAUACUCCGGGUCAAAUUAAGAAUAUUCAGGACUUAGUACUUGAAGAACUCUGGUUCAUCUUGUAUGAAUGUAAAGAUUAUAACUUUUACUAUUUGGAAAAUAAUACAUAUUUUCCAGUAAGUUUAAUUUUGACGAGCUAAACUUUACUUUACACUGACAUGUUCCAUUUAUGUAUUUUGACACAAUGUACAUACAAUUCGUUUUGUUAACACGAGAAAAUGUAUGUGAUACAUGUUUUAAAAUAAAUAAAACAUGCUUUUAUCUGUA